AUGCUUUGUCAAUUUGUGAAGUUCUUAGAUGAUUAUGAAGGUGAUGGUCCAAUUACAGUUCUAUUAAGCCAUUGUAGGAUCAAGGAAGCGCAGGGAUCUUAUCCCGCAUCGAUCAGCAAUUCUUUCAAGGCUUCAAAGUUAAUUAUUAACCAGCCCGUGAUGGAGAUUCAAGAAUUCAAUGAACGGCUUGCAGAGUUGGGCAUUGAGGCCCAGUCAGGUUUUAAAUCCCAUGGUGAAGGGAGUACACAGCUUUCAGGUUCUAUCCAAUUAUCAUCAAAAGAAUCAUUCUUUGGCAACGCUGAGGCAAAGACUAUUGUUGAGAUUAACACCAUCUCUGAAGAAAUUGUUUGUGUCACUGUUGGCACAAUUACUAAGAUUGUUCUGGACAAUCAUUCAUGGUGUUAUACAGCUUGCAUUCAGUGCCAUAAAAAAAGUGAUGUAGAGAUGGCGCCCUUUACAUGUGCAUGCGGCAAAUACAAUAAGGAAGUUGUGCUUAGGUAUAGGCUUGAGGUGAUGAUCAACCAGGGAAAUGAAAGCACAAAAUUCCUACUUUGGGACCGUGAAUGCAGUGAAUUAAUUGGCCAAUCAGCUGAUGCAGUUAAUAAGCUUAAAAUUGAAGUGGAUGGUGAUGUUGAUUUGAAUGUUUCACCCCAAGCACUUAAUAAGUUGUUGGGUCAUGAACUUACUUUCAAGAUAAAGGUGCAACCCAAGUUCAGGAAUUCUGCUGUUUUGAAGUGUUCAGCUGACUCGAGCUUGAUAAAUGCUAUGAUGGAUAUGCUAGCUGAUGCUGAGACAUCUUCAAAAAUGGAUAUCCCGGUUUCUGAUUCGAAUCAUUCUGCUCAACAUAAAUUUCAAUCCCUCUCUGUGACAGCAGAUCAUGAUCCCCUGCUUGGACUCCCCUUGACGCCUACAAAGCGGCAGGCAUUUCAGGAUUGUGAUGAUGAACCAGGGAUCUCUCGAAUUUCACCUGCGCAGCUUUCAUUCAACAAAUUAAAAAAACAUGCCUGA